CGCGAACCCCCCUCGUUACCGUACGUGCGACUCUCACCGCAUACGGCUCGCACAAAGACUCCUAAAUCCAUCCCGAAUGAGUGUAACUAUGUUACCUAUGUACAGAGAACAGAGAUUCGUUUCACUAUGUUACACUCAUUUAGUUCAACGAACAACGAACAACGAAUUUCGUUGAACAUAGUUCAACUCAUUUGAAACGAAUCUUCUUAUCUUAGGUCUUUCCUUUGGAAGAUAGAGAAAAGCGGAUGGUCCUGUUAACGAGUAAGUAAAGGGGAAAUCUUUCAACAAAUGAAGCGAAUUCUGAGUCGGGUUGUGAGGGUCCAGAAAGUGAAGCAAAUGAGGACACGGCUUAAGGGAUUGGAUCUACUAUUUGAUUUUGAGGUCCACCGACCGUCGGGUUCCAACCUACGUCUCCCAGCGAAAGAAGCAUCUGGCUUUCUUCUUUCUGGUACUGGUCAAGCCAAAUUCCAUUCCAAUCUGGGUAUUCUCUUAUUGGUAAAGCUCAUUUUAGGGUUUAUGGUAAAGCAUAUACGGCUGGAACUGGAAGAAAACCUUUCGCUUGAGUCGAGACUUGCCUCUUAGCUACUUAAAAGUAGUGGCAAGAAGUUAUUUUUAAAAAAAAGGGUUUCCCAGCGUUGACCUACAUUCAGAAAGCCUCAGCAAGAGCGGGAUAAGGACAGGAACAUUCUACUAAUUUUCUACCAUUUCUUCGGUUUCCGCUGCAGAUGGAUCAGCCGUUUCAAUGGUCUCUUUAGUCGUAGUCGCAAUUGAUGCCAUAGCUAGUCCAACCUAAGGCAGAAAGAAAGAGUCUUGCACAUU